AUGGAAAUGAUUAUGCCGAAUGCGAUAAUGGCGCCAUUUCCAAUGGUUCAAAAUCCGUUUGAUCAGGAAUUGGAACUGGAGUACUCACCAAUUACCCAAAUUGUAUCCUCUGUGGCCCAUUUAUUAGAAAUGCAUCAACGAAGUAAGGAGAAACACGAAGAGGACCAUCAUAUUGGAGAUAAUGAGAUGUCUGAAAUCCGUUCGAGACCACAUUUUGGACAGCAAUCACCAUUUAGCCUCAUACCAUACACACAAGAGAUAAAAUCGAGUCCAUCAAGAAUUGUUAAUUCGAUUCCAACUGAAAAUGUGCCGAGUGUUGUGUACCGAAUCGGCGAUUUGAUGAGCAACGGAAACUUGAAGAAAAUUCAAUCGGAAAAUGUGUAUGAUCUACGAAAAGUGUCAGGAUUUCCUAUCGUCAAGUCUUCCGAUCCAUUCGUUGGUGUCCAAAAAGACGCGCCUAUAAAAAAAUCGGGAAAAGAGUGGAAAAUGUAUGAGAUUGCAAAAAGAUUCCUAGGAUUAGAUGAAAUUCCCACGGCUGAGGAGGGAAAUGCAAUUGCGCAGCUGUUUAAUAUUUCGUCAAAUUGA